AUGAUUGCUGAUGCCCUCAUCCUUUCUGAGGCCUCAUGUAAAUCGUCACCUGCCUUUCCUCAUCAACUCACUGCGACAAUGUCCAAUCGUGAAAAGAUGCUCCAGCAAGUGCGAGACAACCUGAAGCAGGACAGAGAGUUGAAUCCGCCGGAAACCCUGUGCCAUGUUGUUAGAGACUCAUUUCAAUCUCUGCUCAAAUUCCUUUGGAAUCUCUGGAAGAAGGAAAGGCGGCGCAAAGGGGUCAAGCGCCAGAGACAGGAGCAGUCACGGAGCGAGGCUCGAGGCAUCACGGAUGAACUGGCUGUAUUUACUAUUCUUUAG